AUGGAUACGACUGAUCUCUAUAAGGCCGUCGGUCACCCUAUUCCUCCCGGGAACCACUCCGUAGUCGUAUGUCUACCGACAUGGAGGGAUACCCUCGGCUACAGGCGAGGGGAGUCGCAUACGGUCGACCGCAUGCAAACGGGUUACCCACGUCUCUUCAUGCCCCCCUUUAACCGCAAACUUGCCGAGCAGUUGGAGAAAUUGUUCGCUCUUCCUUCAGAGCGAUCAUUGCUCGUCCGCUCCGCUCUAGCCGCUGAAGCAUGCCGUGCCUUUAUUACCGCGAAGGCAGGUGCAGUAGUUCACGUCAAGGCCCUCCAACCCCUCGAUGCUCGCCAAGGAUCGGAUAUCUUUAUGGUGAUAUUCCCUUCCACUGCGAUGCCUACGGCUCUCGCCUUUUGGCAGCAUACAGGCUUUGGCAUCUCCGGUCGCUUCGCUGAGCAGUACAUCUCGUUUCUAUUUUUUAGUGGUCUCCGUAAACCACUAGUUCCAGCCUCAGACGAGAUACAGCCUCUUCAAGUACGGAAUAAACGCCAGCGAAUUACUCAAGACGCAAAUAGUCCAAAGUCCAUCCUCCGAGACCGCAUAGUCAAGCUCAUUACCCACAGCAUCGACUGCGCAGUUCAUCGAGGCCCCAAGUCGUCGCUGCUUCCUGUUGCCUCAAGUGAUGUCUUCCUGUAUCCUACGGGUGUGACUGCGAUGUGGUCUGCCCAUCAACUUCUCUUGAGCGUCCUUGGUACUCGCAAGAGUGUCUGCUUCGGAUUUCCCUACACCGACACUCUCAAGAUUCUAGAGAAAUGGGGUCCGGGAUGCCACUUUUAUCCGGAUGGAGACCAGGCAGAUCUCAACAGGCUGGAGGCCAUAUUGAUGUCCCAGAGGUCUCCGUCACAGCCACCCAUCCUCGCGCUUUUCACCGAGUUUCCGUCAAAUCCUCUGUUGCGGUCCGUGGAUCUUCACCGCCUGCGCGCACUCGCGGAUCAAUACGAAUUCCCAAUUGUUAUCGACGAUACGAUCGGCAACUUCGUCAAUGUUGACGUCCUCCCCUACGCCGAUAUCGUGGUAAGCAGCUUGACGAAGAUAUUCAGCGGAUGCGCCAAUGUAAUGGGUGGAAGUCUCGUCCUUAACCCAUUGAGCAAGUACCAUGCCAUCCUGAAGAAUGCACUGGAACGCAACUGGGAAGACAUCUACUUUGAAGAAGACGCCGUGGUCAUGGAGCUCAACUCGCGGACCUUCUGUGAACGCAUCGUGCAGAUCGACAAGAACGCCGGGGCCAUCUGUGACUUCCUCCGCAGCCGCACGGACAUUAUCGCCCAGGUGCACUACCCCAAGUGGCAGACACACGAGCUCUACGACGCCUACCGCAGCAAAUUUACGUCCGGCGAGGGCGGCUUUGGUGGCCUCUUCUCGCUCGUGUUCGUCUCGCCGCGCGCCGCGCAUGCCUUCUUCGACGCCCUCGAGUGCGCAAAAGGCCCGAGCCUUGGCACGAACUUCACACUCUCCUGCCCGUACACGCUGUAUGGCCACUUCACCGAGCUGGAGUGGGCAGCGAAGCAUGGCGUCCCCGAAGACCUCGUGCGCGUCAGCGUGGGGAUCGAGGAUACGAUGAAGCUGUUAGACGUAUUUGCUGUCGCCGUGCGUGCGGCAGAGCUGAAUGACAGCUCUAACAACCACACUUCAUCCGCAGAAUUUGGAAGGCAUGCUUCUUCUUGUUCCUAG